AGGAUAGAUUUGCAUCGAAUGGGGUAAUUUCAUAACGCCAAGGUUUUUUUUUUUUACAUUAGGUUCAACCAUUCGUUGCAAUUUUUUUUUACUUAUUUUGCUUCCAAAAAAAAAAUUAUCUUCGUUGCAUAAAAAAUUAAAAAAUUUGAUUUUCUACUUCAUUUUAAUAUUUUAUCUGUAACAACUCUGCUGUAGUAAUAAGUCCUUUUUUUUCUUAUUUAUGAAAAAAUUUAUGAAAUGGAUACUUCAAGACAAACUGAAGUUAAAAAUUUAUGGAUAGAUUAUGAUCAUAGUGAUUAUCAGAUGCACGCUACAAUUUUUUCCACUGAUUCAACUGAAUCAGAUGAAAAUACUUCCAUUCUUAAAAAAAUAAAUAUUAUUGAUCUAGAAAAAAGAAAAGAAGUUUACGGAAUAUGUGGAGAAUGUAAUGAACCAGGUACAGGAGCAUAUUGGUGUCAACCUUGUAAUGCUAAAAGAUUUAAGGAAAAUUUUAAAAAUUGGACUAGUGGAAAUAAAAAUAUUGAUGAAUUAAUACAACAAUCACAACAUAAUGCCUUAUUUUCUAUGAAAUGUCUUGAAUGGUUACCCUUUGAAAAAUUUGAAAAUGUUACCUAUCUUACUAGAGGUGGUUUCAGUAAAAUUUAUUCAGCUGCUUGGCCCGAAGGAAAUGUUGUAAGUUGGGAUAUUGAAAAGCAAAAAUGGGAACGAUGUCCGGAUAGAAAAGUUGCAUUAAAAAGUUUAGACAAUUCAUCUAAUAUAAAUAAUGAUUUUUUAAAUGAGAUUAAAUAUUAUAUUUCAGGUCAUUUUCAUUUUGUUAAUACAGUUAUAUGUUAUGGAAUAACUCAAGAUCCAGAUACUCAAAAUUAUAUGAUGGUUUUACAUUAUUGUGAAAAUGGAAAUUUGAGAAAUGAUUUAAUGUGCGGUAUAAUUCAUAAAAUCAGUCAGCUAUUUUUAAUCAUUGAAGGACUUUCAGCUAUUCAUAAUGCUGGAAAAGUUCAUAAAGAUUUUCACUCAGGUAAUAUAUUAAUUACGGAGGUAGGUGAUGAUGAUUUUAGGGUACCACUUAUUGGUGAUUUAGGAAUGUGUCAACCAGUAAAUAAUGAAGGGCAAUCAGUUAAAGAAGGAGGAGCUUAUGGAGUAUUACCUUAUAUGGCACCAGAAGUUUUAUGUGGAUAUAAAUAUACAAAAGCAGCAGAUAUUUAUUCAUUUGGAAUAAUUAUGAAUGAAUAUAUGUCAGAAGAAAUUCCUUAUAAUGAUAUUCCUCAUGAUCAUAAUCUGGCUGUUAAAAUAUGUAAAGGAUUUAGACCGAAAAUUUCUGAAGUUACACCAAAAUUAAUUGCAGAUUUGAUUAUUAAAUGUUGGGAUGCUAAAGCAGAAAAUAGACCAACUUCUAAAGAAUUACAUCAAAUAUUAAGAAAAUAUAUAGAUGAAAUUAAUGAUAAAGAUAGCAAAAUUUAUUCUCAAAUAAAAGAAUGUGAAAAAAUUAGAGAAAGUGAAUUAAAAAACAAAACAAAUGAAAAUGAAUCUAAAAAUCUUCAAAUACAUCCACAAGCAAUUUAUACUAGUAGACUUUUAAAUUUCAAAAAUCUUCCAAAGCCAGUAAAUCCAACUGAUUAUUUAUCUUCAUUUCAAGAAACCGUUUCAACAACAUUAAUAAAUCCAAUUUCCGAAAGUGUAUCCGAAAGAUUGAAUUAUGAAUUAAAUGAAUUAGAUCUCAAUCAAGAUGAUGAUGAUUUGAUUUUUUAA